AUGAGAAAGACGCGGCAAGCCGCUGAAUUUUCAGAGCUCAAGGAACUGGUACACCAACUACGAGUCUGCGAUUUACAACAGCUACUUGGUGAAAAUAACAUUAGUCGAAGCGGCCGAAAAUCGGAUCUAGUUGAUCGCGUGCUGAGUUUAGUGCGACAAAACGUUGCUGUACUGAAGCAUCGAGUUCGUGAGCUUCAUCGAAAAGCUCAGCAAGAGGCUCAGGAACUUUUAACUUCAUCGACUGUUCCAGCUGGCGGUACAGUGAGCCAGCUACUGCCGCAGGUCGUGUUGCAGUCGGUCGAUAGUAACGCCCUAGCGGUUCAGUCGCUGCUGGCAUCGGGUGGACAUAUUAACAUCAACAGUGGUACUGGCGGCAUCGGCAAUAACGGUACCGUCGUGACAAACCCCAACAGCAACAACGUUCACAGUGUUAACGCGCGUACGACAGCGGGAAUGUACCAGCAGCAGUAUGCCAACGCCGUACAAAGUGACAACCGGGUCGGGCAGCAAGUGCAUGCCAACGGUAUCGGUGUGCCGGGGUACGGCGAUUACCCGGUCUAUCCAGACGUACAACUGAAAAAGCUGGCCUUUUUCGAUGUCAUGGCAACACUGCUGAAACCGGCCACAUUGGUUCCUAGCAACACAACGCAACGGGUGCAGGAAGGUUCCUUUUACUUUCAUCUAACACCUCAGCAGGCGAACGAAAUUGCACUCAACCGCGAUAUCAGCAACCCGAACAAAAUGGAGCAUGUCGUGCAGGUGCAGCUUAGAUUUUGUCUGCUGGAAACAACCUGCGAACAGGAGGAUUAUUUCCCGCCCAACAUUGUAGUGAAAGUGAACAACAAGUUGUGUCCAUUGCCGAAUCCCAUACCUACAAACAAACCCGGUGUAGAACCAAAGAGACCUCCGCGACCGGUGAACAUUACACCGCAAGUGAAGCUGUCUCCGACUGUCGCGAAUCACAUUGCCGUGUCCUGGUGCACGGAGUACAACCGCGGAUAUGCUGCGUCCUGUUACUUGGUCCGCAAGCUAUCCUCGGCCCAACUCCUUCAAAGGCUGAAAACAAAGGGUGUAAAGGCAGCUGAUUACACACGAGCAUUAAUCAAAGAAAAACUGAAAGAAGAUGCUGACUGUGAAAUCGCAACAACGAUGUUGAAAGUAUCGUUAAUUUGUCCAUUGGGAAAGAUGCGCAUGAGCACCCCUUGUCGCUCAUCAACCUGCUCCCAUUUGCAGUGCUUUGAUGCGUCAUUAUAUCUGCAGAUGAACGAACGCAAACCAACGUGGAACUGUCCGGUUUGCGACAAACCGGCUGUGUACAACAAUCUGGUAAUCGAUGGGUACUUCCAAGAGGUUUUGGCUUCACAUAAGCUGUCGAGCGAAGAUACGGAAAUUCAGCUUCACAAUGACGGCUCAUGGAGCACACGCGUCAAACAGAAUGAUUCUGACGAUGGGUCGCCUAGCAAAGCUGUGCAAAAGGUCGAAGUUAUAUCGGAUGAUGUUGAAGUAAUAACUACGGAUCCACCAAAACCGAGUAUUGUAUCGCAGACUUCGGUCAUCUCAACUAACGAACCCACUUCAACUACUACCUCCAGUGAAACGGUUGAUUUGACACUGAGUGACUCCGAUGAUGAAGUUCCUUCAAAGCGGAAGAAAACCAACAAUAACCGCACAAAUGGUGCAGGAAGUUCGAACAAUCCUACAUCGUCCGCUUCCUCCACAUCUGCUGCCAGCGGAAGCUCAUCGGCUGGCUCGGGAGCGGUAGUAACGCGUUGCAAAAUUAACGAAGACCCUUCAUCGUCAGUAAUAUCUCUCGAUUCGCCAUCGCCACCAUCAACACCCAACCCGCACAAUGGAAGCAACGAUGUGUCUUCGACAACCACUCCUUCUUUGGCGGCGUACCAUUAUCAGCAUCAGCAAGAAUCUCCUGGUGGAAACGGCGGGUCCGGCGAACAAAUGAGCAAUUUUCAAAUAAAUCCGCUAGCACUACAACGAUAG